AUGGCAGAGGAAAGACCAAGAAUUACUCUUGGUGAUCAUGCAACUGCUACUAGUACUACUCAUUUCUCUAGCAUUGCCACUCCUGCAAUUGCUGCCACUAAUUUUGAGAUGAAGCCAGCACUGUUGAAUUUGAUUCAGAACAAUCAAUUUGCGGGCCUUGAUCAUGAGGACCCAUAUCUGCAUCUUCAUACUUUUAUUGAGCUUUGUGGCACAGUGAAGAUACAUCAAGUUCCUGAAGAGGUGAUUCGGAUGAAGUUGUUUCCUUUCUCACUACUUGGAAAAGCUAAGAUGUGGCUCAAUGCUCUACCACAUCAAAGCUUAACCAGGUGGUCUGACAUAGAGACAAAGUUCUUGGCAAGAUUCUUCCCUCUUGCUAAGAUAAAUCAAGCAAAAAGUGAGAUUGUCACAUUCUCUCAGAAGCAAGAUGAACUUCUAUCCGAGGCUUGGGAGAGAUACAAAUCCUUGUUGAGGAGAUGUCCAAGUCAUGGAUUUGAUGACCUUACUCAGGUUAAUAUUUUUCUGGGUGGAUUGCAGCCACGGGUGAAAAUUCUAUUGGAUGCCUCAGCUGGAGGUAGCAUGCGUUUUAAAACACCGGAGGAGGCUAUAGAGUUGAUUGAUGCUAUGUCAGCAAAUGAUUAUGAUUUACCAGCUGAAAGGGAGUCAAGACAGAAAAGAGGAAUUCUAGAGUUGGGAUCUCAAGAUGCUUUAUUAGCUCAAAAUAAGCUCUUGUCCCAACAAAUUGAGGCUCUUACCAAGAAAGUUGCUCGGAUUCCACAACAACUACAAUCCACUCAACAUCAAGUUCUAAGUUGUGAUCUUUGUGAGUUGAAUCAUCCUCACGGGCAGUGCAUUGAUAUUUUCCUAUCUCAUGGACAAGAGGUGAAUUACAUGGGGAAUCAGGCUCGACAAGGAGGAAAUUUUGGUGCCAAUACUCAAACUAAUCCAAAGGAGAAUUGUAGUGCAAUUACAACAAGAGGUGGUAAGAGAGUGGGAGUGUUGGAGGAUGAGGAAGAGCAACAAGAAAAAGAGGUAGAAAUGAGAGAGGGAGAUGGAGAAAAUAAUGAAAAAAAUAAAAAAUUAGAAAAUGCAAAAAAGAAUGUCAUAGAGGGAGAAGAGUUGGCUGAGGAAGUUGCUGUUAAAAAAUCAAAGAGCCAGCUAGCAAGAGAAUUGAAGAUGAAAUCCAAGGUGUCUAGUACCAAGGAUAUGCCAUAUCCCCCUGCCCCAAGCAAAAAGGAUAAAGAGAAGCAAUUUGUACGCUUCAUGGAGCUUUUUAAGAAGCUUCAGAUCAACAUUCCAUUCUCAAAGGCAUUGGAGCAGAUGCCCACUUAUGAAAAAUUCAUGAAAGACCUCUUGACAAAGAAGAGAAAGUUCAUUGAGCAAGAGAUUAUUAAGUUGGAAGCGGGGUGUAGUGCCAUAAUUCAAAAGAACUUGCCUCCCAAGUUCAAGGACCCUGGAAGUUUUACAAUUCUAAUCACUAUUGGGGACCUAUCAGUUGGAAGGUCGCUAACGUCCUAUGACCGAGAAGGGAAUCAGGUCGGAAAACGACCUGAACGGUCCACUUGCCCUUCAGCCCUGAGCUUCAUGAGGCGAGAGGGCUUGAAGUCGAGUUGUCAUGUUUCCGAAGAUCCCAUUAGGCAGAAGCCGAGUGACCCUCCUUAUAGGUGA